AUGGCGGAUACAGCAUCACAAAUGCAAGCCCCCUUUGAUCUAAUCGCAGCAGUGCAGCUGCUCCAAGCAGAAAUUGACAAAAUUCAAAAGGGUGAAUCAAAGAAGGAUGAAGAGGAGACCUAUCUGGACUUGUUUUCUCAUAAAAAUAUGAAGCUGAAGGAACGAGUUCUUAUACCAGUCAAGCAGUAUCCCAAGUUCAAUUUCGUUGGGAAGAUACUGGGUCCCCAAGGCAACACCAUCAAGCGAUUACAGGAGGAAACUGGAGCAAAGAUUUCUGUCCUAGGGAAGGGAUCAAUGAGAGACAAGGCAAAGGAGGAAGAAUUACGCAAAGGAGGUGAUCCAAAGUAUGCUCAUUUAAAUAUGGAUCUGCAUGUUUUCAUUGAGGUCUUUGGCCCCCCUUGUGAGGCUUAUGCUCUUAUGGCCCAUGCCAUGGAAGAAGUCAAGAAGUUCCUUGUUCCAGAUAUGAUGGAUGACAUCUGCCAGGAACAGUUUUUGGAAUUGUCCUAUCUCAAUGGGGUGCCAGAGCCAACACGUGGUCGGGGGAUCCCUGUCCGAGGAAGGGGAGCAGUGCCCCCACCUCCACCCGUUCCUAGAGGACGUGGUGUGGGACCUCCACCACCGCCUCCCCGUGGAGCCCUUGUGCGGGGUGCUCCAGUGAGGGGUGCGAUUGCAAGAGGAGCAGCUGUGGCCCGUGGUGUUCCCCCUCUUCCAGCAGUGAGAGGGGCCCCUGCCCCAAGAGCUCGCGCAGCAGGCAUUCAAAGAAUACCACUUCCUCCUCCUCCUGCACCAGAGACCUACGAAGAUUAUGGCUAUGAUGAUGCUUAUGCUGAGCAAAGUUACGAAGGGUAUGAAGGCUAUUACAGCCAGGGUCAACAGGAAACAGAAUAUUACGACUAUGGACACGGUGAAGCUCAAGAAUCUUACGAGGCGUAUGGUCAAGACGACUGGAAUGGAACCAGGCCCUCUCUCAAGGCCCCUCCUGCUCGGCCAGUGAAGGGAGCCUACAGAGAGCACCCCUACGGACGCUAUUAAAACAUUCAUGAGGGGCAAAUCACCCUUUUGAACAAACAGUUGUUUCUGAUUCUAGUGUCUCCCAGGAUUCCUCUUGCUUUACCACAACAGACAAGUAAUUGUCUCCCUGAUUUUUCUCUGGCUCCCUUUUUCUCCCACCUCCAUCCUCCCCUACCACUCGACCCUACAUUCUGCUUCUGUAUGUAGUAUUUUAAAUAAGUUAGAGUUAGAAAACUGAAUUCAACUUUUAAGUGUGUAGACUGCUUUUCUUUCUCUGUUUAGAUAUAUAAAAACAACUGUACCUUUAAAAAGAAAACGUUGAGAUAAAAUGUUAGUUUCCAAAAUGACAUGCUUGCUUAACAGUUAUGGAAUUAAAGUUUGUUAAUCUUUAAAUUUUUUUUUGUUUUGUUUUUUAGGCAACCCAUAAAAGUUCUAGUUGCAGAAUCCCAAAGUAGGCUACAUUUCAAAAUUCAGGGUUGUUGUUUUAUGAAUUAAAACAUAAGGUAACUGUAGUGAUUGCUACAGUUUAAAAGUAAGGUCAAAUGUCAAAAUUUUGCCCUUAACAGCAAAUUGCUUGAUUAAUCUUAAAUUUAAACGUCAAUAGAAAGGAUCCUCCAUAACAAACUAAAUGGUGGGGCUUUUUUUCUUCAGUAGAUUUAACUUUUUUAAAAAAAUUAGGUUUGUAGAAUGAUUCUUCCAAAGUGGGUAUUGAAAUCUGUCCCCAAAUGCUGAGAUGCUAACGGCAGAGGUUUUCAAGCAAAAGGUGUUCUUAGCUUAAUUGUGCAUGAAGACAUUUUAAGAGAAGUGGACAUCUAGCUGCUCUGUAAUUUUAUAUUGCUCUAACUGCCCAGUGUUUUGAUAUUAGGAAGUAUUAAAUAAGUAGCUGUGCAUUGUGUCUUUUUUUUCCUUUAACGAAGAGCUAACACAUGAGUGUUUGCAGUACAUAAUAUAGCUCAGGCUUAAAAUUGGCAACACUGUCAAGCUUUAGCCAUUCCAGUGACAUGUUUGUGUGUCUCAACACUCGCAUUAUGUUAAAAAGGGACAUUGCAGCUGAAAAACCAAGGAGAGCUUAUUUUGUACAUAGAUUUGUACACUGUCCUCCCAUUUUGUUCUUGGAAGAUUAAAUGCUACUACAUGUGUAAGCUUGCCGAAAUAGGUAGCUAAAAUUUGUCAAGAUGUCUGCAGCAGUUUGUCAAUAAAGUUUAGUCAUUUUUUUAA